AUGGCGACCAAGAUCUACAUCGUGUACUAUUCGACAUGGGGACACGUCGCGACGCUUGCGGAGGAGAUUAAGAAGGGCGCCGACUCCGUCCCUGGCGUCGAGGCUCAGUCCCUCGCCGGCAAGCCCGCGGGCGUCUUCUUCGCCACAGGCACCCAGGGCGGCGGCCAGGAGACCACGGCUCUCACGGCCGUGACACAGCUGACGCACCACGGCAUGCUGUUCGUGCCCGUCGGAUACACGCACGGCGCCGGCAUGUUCGGCAUGGACGAGGUCAAGGGUGGCAGCCCAUACGGAGCUGGCACCUUCGCUGGCGCCGAUGGCAGCAGGGUACCUAGCGACGCCGAACUUGCCUUGGCGGCGCACCAGGGGAAGUACUUUGCCGGCAUCGCCAAGAAGCUCAAGGCCGUCUGA